UCACUCUACUUGCUUGAAGCCUCUGAAGACAUAUCCAAAAGCCAACAAGUGGAGAUGAAGCUGACACUCGUUCUGCUGCUUUGCGCGGCCUCCGUGGCCCUGCUUAAAGCUGAAGAAGAAUCGGCCCCAGAUGACACUUCUGCUGCCUUCCUGUACGAUGGAAGCCUUGAAGAUGAGGUGCUCGGGCACGAGGAAGAUCCCGGAAUGAUGGAGAAGAAGAAGGCGGCUUUGAAGAGGAUGGGAGCCAGGAGAGUUUGCGGGCGCGUGCUUGUGGGAUGUCUGGUGAAACUCAAGGCCCCUUGCAAAGUCUCUUUGAAAGUGUGCAAGGCCAAGUACUUUGCUUGUCGCUGCAUCGUCAAGGGUGUAUACCACUGCCGCCGCUUCCUUGCCUGGGUGGACCGUGUGAAGAAAAUGCACAAGAAAAAGAUGGCCAAGAAGGAAGAUGAAGAGAUGGAUGUCCCCGAAGAAGGGGCACCAGCGAAGAAACCAGCAGUGAAAAAACUGGGAAGCAGAGCUGCUCUGCGUGAAUGCAUAGCCGCAGCGAAGGGCAAGGGAUGCAAUAACACCAAAGACUGCCGUCCAUGCGCCAGAGGAUUCGUGUUGUGCAUGAAACGUAAGCUGCAGAACGGCCAGAGCCCCAAGAAAGCCGACGAGUACUACGACGCCAUGGCAGACAGGGCUGAAGAUGAGGAAGACGAGCAGGAUGAGGAUGAGGAGGAAGACGAAGAGGCAGAGAAGCCUGGAGAGGGGAAAAUCAAGGCCCUGCGUAGGUGCCGCGUCAUUGCAGUCAGGUGUUUUCUGAGGGCACGUCUUGACUGCAGGCGUCAAGCGGUCUGCGUUCGUGCCGUCAAAAGAUGCGUGCGCAGAGCUGGGAAAGCCUGUAAAAACUAGAUGGGAACGACAUUCAUGUCAAUGUAGUUAUGCGUGAGAACAGUAUACUUUGUAUAUUGUGAGUAGAUGAUCGUGCAAUAAUAAAAAGAGCAUUGAAAAA